GUUAAAUUUAAAAAGAAGAGUUGAAAGGAGGUGAACAUAGUAGGCCAAGAUGACAUCAGUUGCAGUAGACCAUGUGAUUGGCACAAUAAUGUCUGCUUUUCAAGAGGAAGCAACAUUGUUAGUAGGUAUCAAAGAUGAACUUGACGAAAUCAGCAAAGAACUUGUAAGCAUGAGAUCUUUUCUACGAGAUGCUGAGAGAAACAAAGUCAUGUCAAAAGGAGAGGAGACAUGGGUUGCAGAGGUGAGGGACACCGCACACCAAAUAGAAGACCUCAUUGAUGAGUACAUGUAUUACAUGUAUCGGAAACAAUAUUCAACAGUCGCCCAUCGAAUUUUUCUUACUCCAAAAUCUUUUUUGGAGAAGCGUAGGAUUGCCUCUAAGCUACGACAGAUCAAUAAAAACAUCAUAGGGAUGGAUGAGAGGAGAAAAAGAUUUGGAAAUGAUCAUGUAGAAGUUUCCAAUGAUCACUGCGAUUUGACAUUAUACCCAAGGGAUUCAGCGGUUUUUAUGAAAGAAGAUGAUGUUGUAGGGUUUGUAGAUGAAAGCCGAUUGUUGAAAACAUGGUUAAUAGAUGGCGAAAAGCAUUUAACUCUCAUUUCAGUGGUUGGAAUGGGAGGAUCUGGUAAGACAACUCUAGUUGCCAAGACCUGCAACAAUGAAACUGCAAAGUCCUAUUUUGAUUGCUAUGCGUGGGUUACUGUCUCUCAGACAUAUGCGAGAGAUGAUUUACUCAGGAAGUUAAUCAAAGAAUUCCAUGAAUCAAGGAAGGCACGCGUGCCUAAUGAUUUGGGUACAAAGGACUUCAAAGACCUGGUAGAAUAUCUUAUUGGUUAUUUGAAGCAUAAAAAAUACCUAGUUAUCUUGGAUGAUGUGUGGGAUGUAAGCUUAUGGGAGAACAUAAAGGCAUCACUUCCAAAUAAUGAGUUUGGAAGUCGGAUUAUAUUUACAACUCGAAAUGAAGAUGUGGGAUCUUUUUCUUCCAAUGUUAGAAAUCACAUGCUUACUAUUAAACCGCUGAAGAAUGAAGAAGCAUGGGAUCUUUUUUGCAUGAAAGCAUUUUUGAGCAAUCCUGAUAAAUCUUGUCCAGAAGAACUUAAACCUCUAGCAUUAGAACUGGUGCGAAAAUGUGAUGGACUACCUCUUGCAAUUGUGGCUUUAGGUGGUGUCAUGUCUUCCAAAAAGUCAACAAGUGAGUGGAGUAGUGUUUGGGACAACUUGAAUUGGCAACUGAACAAUAAUCCAAGGCUAGAAAUAGUCAAGAGCAUUUUGCUGCUUAGUUUCAAUUACUUGCCAUCUCCAUUAAAGUAUUGUUUCUUGUAUUGUUGCCUCUUCCCAGAAGACUAUAAAAUUAAACGAGAAAGGCUCAUUAGACUAUGGAUAGCGGAAGGAUUUAUUCAGAAUAUUGACAGGACUACACCCAGUGAAGUUGCAGAAAGUUAUUUCAUGGAGCUCACACUUCGUAGCAUGCUUCAAGUUGAAAGCAGAAAUGCACGUGGGAGACCAAAGGCUUGCAAGAUGCAUGAUUUUUUGCGUGAAAUUGGUAUAUCAAUGUUAGAGAGAGAGAAGUUUGGUGUCGUAUACGAUGAAAAAGUAAAGAUUAACAAAUGCCAACUUCAUCAAGCUCGCCGCUUGUCUAUUCAAACAACUAACGAGGACCUUCAAUUGUUUGACAAUAUGACACGUCUUCGUUCACUACUUGUCUUUGUGGAUAGUUCUGUAUCUUUCUCGAACAAAUGGUUGCCAAAUUUGAAAUUAAUGAGGUCUUUGGAUUUGGAAAAUGUCGCGAUUAAUAGUUUACCAGAAGUGUUGGGGACUCUAUUCAACUUAAGGUACUUGAAUUUGAGAGGAACUCAGGUGGAAAAGCUUCCCAAAUCUAUUGGAAAACUGAGGAACCUUGAGAGUUUAGACAUUUCGAAUACAAAUAUAAAAGAACUUCCGAGUGAAGUAGCUGAGUUACAGAACUUGUAUCAUCUGAUUAUGUGGAGAAAGGGGAUUGCAAAUAACUGGGGAGAUUUUUUAUUAUACAACGGAGUGCAAGUACCAUUUAAAAGUAGUAAAUUGAAGAAAUUGCAAGUCUUGUACUAUAUUGAAGCCAAAGGCGACAUAAUAAGACGACUUGGGAGUAUGAUCCAACUAAGGAGAAUGGGCAUUUCAAAUUUGAGAGAAGCAGAUGAACAAGACCUGUGCUCUUCAAUCCACAACUUGAAACUGCUACGCACCUUGCGUCUCUUUAUGAAUAAUGAAUCAGAGUUCCUUCGAAUGGAUGCACUGGAAACACCCCCACUCCAACUUGAAAAGCUUACUUUGGGUGGGAAACUAGAAAGGGUGCCACAUUGGAUUUGCUCACUUCAAAACCUAACAGAGUUGUGGUUGCAUUGGUCUAGGUUGAAGGAAGAUCAACUCCCUCAUGUUGCAGCACUACCCAAUUUGAUACAUCUUUGUCUAGUUAAUUCCUUCACCGGAGAAUAUCUACAUUUCUGCAGUGGCUUUGCUAAGCUUAAAUUGUUUUGGUUGAUUAAUUUCCCUCAACUGACAGAAAUAAUUAUAGAGAAGGGGGUUAUGCCAGAUAUUCAAUUUUUGUGGAUCGAUUCCUGCUUUGCAUUGAAUUCAGUGCCUCAAGGUGUUGAGUUCCUCACCAAUCUUCAAACUCUGGGUUUGACAAAAUUUUCUUCAAGUCUUAUAGAUGUGGAUAGCAUAGAUCGUUCAAAGUUGCAGCACAUUCCAAAUGUCAAGAUCAUUUAG